AUAUACUCUGAGGAUUAUAAACUGCACCUUGGACAUGGGGCGUCCCCUUUGCACCGUGCAGGUAAAUACUAAACUCUGAAGUGUUUUUGCUUGGUCACUAUGUCCAGACCAAACAGUGUCAGCCCACCUGAAGUCGGAGCGCCUGUUUUGAGGGGAGGAACUGAGCUCAGAUCAGCUUGGGGUGAGUCUGAGUUCAUGGCCAACGGGUGCCCACAGUCCAGCCGGGAGAGGCUGAGCCGGACCAACAGUCGGUGGAGGCAGGAGGGUGCUCUGGGGCGGCAGCCUGCACAAGCCUUCACCACCGUCAGCAGCGUCAGCUUCAGGUCCAGGUCGGCUUGGCAGGACCAUGGACAGGAAACCCAGGAGAACUGUGCGUCUCCUACAGGUCCGGAGGGUGAGGUGAGACCCAAGUCUGUGGAGGUGGGUCUGGGCAAUCGCACAGUCAGGUUCAAACCCGAGGACGAGGUUUUGCCACAAGUGGACUUCUCCUUGGCGGUUUGCUGCUCCAGCAUCAUGCAUAUUUUCAAAUCCAAGAAGUUCCAGUCGGAGAAGUUGGAGCGGCUCUACCAGCGCUACUUCUUCCGUCUCAACCAGAGCAGCCUGACCAUGCUGAUGGCUGUGCUGGUGCUGGUCUUCACAGUCAUGCUGGGCUUCCAGUGCUCGGCGGGGGCAGCUGGGCCCAGCGUCACCUACAUCGUGGUGAUGUCCACGGCCAUCCUACUCAUCCCCGUCCUCAUGAUUGUCUGCAACAGGAACGCUUUCCACCAGGACCACAUGUGGAUUGUGUGCUACAUGAUUAUCCUGGUGGUGCUGGUGGUGCAGGUGGCCGCAGUGCUGCUGGUGCAGCCCAGAAGUGCCUCAGAGGGGAUGUGGUGGACCGUCUUCUUCAUCCACAUCAUAUACACGCUGCUGCCCGUCCGGAUGCGAGCAGCUGUCAUCACUGGACUACUUCUGUCCACUGUGCAUGUCACCAUUUCUUGGAUGUUAAACGAUAUGGACGCCUUUGUGUGGAAACAGAUAGUGUCCAAUGUUCUCAUCUUCUCCUGCACCAACAUUGUUGGUGUGUGCACUCACUACCCGGCUGAGGGCUCCCAGAGGCAGGCCUUCCAGGAGACCCGGGAAUGCAUCCAGGCUCGCCUCCACUCUCAGAGAGAAAACCAGCAACAGGAACGUCUCCUCCUCUCAGUGCUCCCUCGCCAUGUUGCCAUGGAGAUGAAAGCUGACAUUAAUGCCAAGCAGGAGGACAUGAUGUUUCACAAGAUCUACAUCCAGAAACACGACAAUGUCAGCAUCCUAUUUGCAGACAUCGAGGGUUUCACCAGUCUGGCUUCCCAGUGCACAGCACAGGAGUUAGUGAUGACCCUCAAUGAGCUCUUCGCCCGAUUUGACAAACUGGCAGCGGAGAACCACUGUUUACGAAUCAAGAUCCUCGGAGACUGCUACUACUGCGUGUCUGGGCUGCCAGAGGCGAGGGCUGACCACGCCCACUGCUGUGUGGAGAUGGGGCUGGACAUGAUCGAGGCCAUCUCGCUUGUACGGGAGGUGACAGGAGUGAAUGUGAAUAUGCGAGUGGGUAUCCACAGUGGCAGAGUGCACUGUGGGGUGCUGGGACUCAGGAAGUGGCAGUUUGAUGUCUGGUCCAAUGAUGUCACACUGGCCAAUCAGAUGGAGGCUGGAGGAAAAGCUGGCCGUAUCCAUAUCACCAGAGCUACUUUGAAUUGUCUGAAUGGGGACUAUGACAUGGAGCCAGGAGCAGGAGGAGAAAGAAACAUCUACCUGAAGAAGCACAACAUAGAAACCUACCUCAUUGUGGGCUGCAGUCAGAAAAGGAAAGAAGAAAAAGGCCAUGAGAGCCAAAAUGAACCAACAAAGGACCAUUCUGUUACUCACAACAGCGGUCACUGGACAGACCGGCCCUUCUACAGCCACCUGAGUGGCAAUAAGGUUUCAAAGGAAAUGAAGAGGAUGGGUUUUGAAGACCCCAAAGACAAGAACAUUUAUUUUCAGAAACCACAAGAAAACCUCAACCCAGAAGACGAAGUGGAUGAGUUUCUGGGUCGGGCCAUCGAUGCUCGUAGCAUUGACCGCCUGCGCUCUGAGCAUGUUAAGAAAUUCUUGCUCACCUUUCGAGAGCCUGACCUGGAGAAAAAGUACUCCAAACAGGUGGACUCCAGGUUUGGGGCAUAUGUGGCAUGUGCCUCUCUUGUCUUUGUCUUCAUCUGCUUCAUCCAGAUCGUCAUUGUGCCACACUCUACUUUGAUGAUCAGCUUCUUCAUCACCUGUCUGGUCAUCCUGCUGGCUGUCAUGUUUGUCUCCACUGUCUACUGCUGUUUUGGGCUCUUCCCAGUGCCUCUGCAGACUCUGUCCAAGAGGAUUGUGCGGUCUCGGCUGAACAGCACCCUGGUGGGUGUCUUCACCAUUGUCACCGUCUUUCUUUCUGCCUUCAUCAAUAUUUUUACCUGCAGCAGCAUUGACCUACGGAUCUGCAUCAAGACAGAAUUCAACAUCAGUGUGGACACUGUGAAUGCUUGCCAUGCCCAUCUCCUCAACUACAGCCUGGACACACAGUACAGACCGUGUGGAGACACAUCGCCUAUUUGCACCUUUCCUGAGUACUUCACGCUGUGCGUGCUGCUCAGCCUGCUGGCGUGCGCCGUCUUCCCUGCAGAUCAGCAGCAUGGGUAGCUCUUCCUCAUGCUCUUCAUCGAGCUGGUGUACCUCAUCAUUAUGGAGGUGCCUAAAGUCAGCCUGUUUGACAAUCAGGACCUGCUCAUCAUCACCAAUGCCAUCAUUGCUGCGAAACCCAUGAAUGGAACAAGCUGUGUGGUGGACUCCAAAGUUCCUCUGAAGAUCAUGACUCCAGUGGUCAUUACUGUCUUCGUCCUUGCCCUUCUUCAUGCCCAGCAGGUGGAGUCCACAGCCAGACUGGACUUCCUGUGGAAGCUGCAGGCGACAGAGGAGAAGGAGGAAAUGGAAGAACUGCAAGCCUACAACCGCCGUCUACUCCACAACAUCCUCCCCAAAGAUGUGGCUGCCCACUUUCUGCAGCAAGAACGGCGCAACGACGAGCUCUAUUAUCAGUCGUGCGAGUGUGUCGCUGUCAUGUUCGCCUCCAUCAGCAACUUCUCUGAAUUUUAUGUGGAGCUGGAAGCCAACAAUGAGGGAGUGGAGUGCCUGCGCCUCCUCAAUGAGAUCAUUGCAGACUUCGAUGAGAUCAUCAGUGAGGACCGGUUCCGGCAGCUGGAGAAAAUCAAGACUAUAGGCUCCACCUACAUGGCAGCCUCUGGACUCAAUGACUCCACAUACGACAAAGUCGGACGCACACAUAUACGUGCCCUGGCUGACUAUGCCAUGAGGCGAUGGACCAGAUGAAGUACAUCAAUGAAACACUCAUUCAACAACUUCAAGAUGAAGAUAGGUCUCAACACUGGUCCGGUGGUUGCCGGGGUGAUCGGUGCCAGGAAGCCUCAGUAUGACAUCUGGGGAAACACGGUCAAUGUGGCGAGUCGAAUGGACAGCACUGGUGUUCCAGAGAAGAUUCAGGUGACCACAGACCUGCACCAGGUUCUGAGUUCCUAUAACUACACACUGGAGUACAGAGGGGUAGUCACAGUCAAAGGGAAAGGCGAGAUGAUGACUUAUUUUCUCACUGGUGGGCCCUCCAGCAGUUAACCACCACUCAGUGAAGGGCCUGCAGUGUGGGAAC